ACUGGCUGCUACAAUAUGGCUGCACCCAGGGAAAGGCUAGGCUAACGUGAAAGUACAGACCCUAGCUCUCUCGUCGUAUGGAUCGGAGGGCAGAGUUCAAGAGAUGGAAGGCGCAGUGUCUAAGCAAAGCGGACUUCAGCCGGAAGGGCUGUGUGGACGAGGAUGUGGUAGAGAUCGUGCAGCUCCUGAAUGGUCGAGAACAGUUUUUCACUACCAGUUCCUGCGCUGGCCGCAUCAUCCUUCUAGAGCAGGGUAUGGAUAGUCUUGAGGUUCAGAAACAAAACUGUUGCUGGCUACUGGUUUCACACAAACCUUGUGUGAAAGACGAUGUGAUUGUAGCCCUAAAGAAAGCGAAUGGUGAUGCCAUUUUGAAAUUUGAACCACUUGUUCUUCAUGUGCAGUGUCGACAAUUGCAGGAUGCACAGAUUCUGCAUUCAGUGGCAAUAGAUUCUGGUUUCAGGAACUCUGGCAUAACAGUGGGAAAGAGAGGAAAGACUAUGUUGGCUGUCCGGAGCACACAUGGCUUAGAAGUUCCAUUAAGCCAUAAAGGAAAACUGAUGGUGACAGAGGAAUAUAUUGACUUCCUGUUAAAGAUAGCAAACCACAAAAUGGAGGAAAACAAGAAGAGAAUUGAAAGGUUCCUUCUGGAUUUCUCUUACUAUUCUACCUGUUGGUUAAAUACUGUUGUUCUCCAGGAUUCCUUCCCUGGCCUAUUGCUUCAGCUGCUUCUCCAGAUACUGGUUUUACAACUGUCUACAACUUGCUUUGGAAAAAGAAACUACUACUACUAACUCACAUCCCAAAGAGAAAAUCAAAGAGAAAAAUAACUCAUAUAAGAAAAAAAGUAACCCAGGAAAAGCACAUGACAAAUGUGUUACUGAAGAAAAUGAUAAAGUACUUGAAAAUGAUGAUGAUGAUGAUCCAGGAAUCAGCGUUACCAUUUUCCCUGAAGACUACUGAGAUUUGGUUCUGAAAUGUCUUUUUAGAAUAAUGUUUCUAAUAGAUAUUAUAAAGCUGCUCUUCAUAAGAGUAUUUUAGUUUGUUGAGUGAAUCAGCCUUUCAGAAAAAGCAAGACUAAAAUUUUCUCUAUAUUUUAGAGAAAGCUUUAGGUUUUAAAAAUAACUGUAUAAUAUUUGCUCUUAAAUACUGUCUCUUUUAGUCACAUAGCAUUGCAAAAAUAAAUUGAUUUCUAAUGCCUCUCUUUAAGGUUCAGUGUCUACUUCUACAAAACAGAAGAACUAUAACACCCUUUCAAGAGAAUGUUAACAUUAGGAAUAUUUGAAUAAAAAUUAUAACAACA